AUGGCUGAUAUACAACAUCAACAUCAUUGCUCUUCAGAAGCUAUCGCUUACAAUGCGACAAUGUUUUACAAACCACGAAAGACAUAUUUAAUCAUUGAUAUCGAACCUACGGUCGAUGAUAGGCAACGCACUAAUGAUGAGUCACAUUUUUCAAUCUUCAAAGAUUAUAUGUCUAAUAGACCAAGAGAUGAUACAUCAAUUAAUAAUAUUAUAUUUGGUAUUGGUCUAGUUGUUGUCAUUUUACUUUUACUUUUAAUAAUUAUUAAAUUAAUUUAUAAAUGUUAUAAAAUGUAUCAAGACGAUAGUGACGAUGAAAAAGAAAAAGCUAAACGAUCACCUUUAUUACCUUCGUCAUCAUCGCAAGUUGUUCGUCGAAAUUCAUCUAUACGUAAUCCAACACCAUCAAUACGUCGAUCAAGUCUCAAUAUUGAAACUCAAAUGGAUAUUCAAAGAGCACGUUUAUCUCAAACAUACAGCGAUACCCCGCCGGUUAUAAAAAAAUCAUAA